UAGCAAACUUGAUGGCAAUAUCCGAUGGAAUGACAGUAGGAUGGACGUCCCCAAUGAUACCUUAUUUCCUCAGUGAGAAAAGCCACAUUAGAAUGACAAUACACGAAGCUGAGUGGCUAGAAACAUGGUUACUAAUGGGUUCUGUAAUAGGUUUACCUUUCACAGCUUAUUUGGUUAACAAGAUUGGGAGAAAAAGAUCUUUAUUGCUAGCUUCAGCCUUACUUGCUAUAUCUUGGAUGAUAGUGAUUUUUGCCAAAGAUGUCACCGUUAUUUACGCAUCGAGAGUUAUAGCGGGAAUAGGAGGAGAUAUGGCCUUUGUAGCGGCACCUUGUUAUAUAGCUGAAAUUGCUGACCAGAAAAUUCGAGGAUUUUUAUCAAGUAUAAUAUAUUUGAUGAUGUUAACUGGUAUAUUGAUUAUUUAUACUACUGGACCUUUCUUACCUUACUACGUUCCUCCAAUUAUUGGAACUUGCCUAUUGGUAGUAGAAUUGGUUGUAUUUUCCAUGCUUCCAGAAACGCCGUACUAUUUAUUGUUUAGUGGCCAAGAAGAGGCAGCAAUUAAGUCGAUAAAGUUUUAUAGAUCAAGUGAUUCAGUAGAAAAGGAAUUGGUUGAUAUUAAAACAGCUAUCGAAAGACAAAAAACUGAAAAGGGUGGAGUUAAGGAUAUAUUAACAGUGAAAAGCUACCGAAAAUCGUUGUUAAUUAUGACAGUUUUAAAUGCAGCCCAGCAAUUUAGCAGCAUCAAUAUUAUCUUAAUGAACAUGCAUCAAAUUUUAGAAUCAGCAGGUUCAAUUUAUUUAGAACCAUCAUUAACUGCCAUUAUUUUUGCUGCAAUUAUGUUUUUAGCUUCCGGUUUAGCUUCUGGAACAGUUGAUAAGUUUGGACGUAAGAAGCUACUUUACUUUUCAAGUGUUUUAACAGGAAUCUGUCUUCUUACAUUGGCUAUAUAUUUCCACAUAAAAAACGCUGGAUAUGAGUACAAACAUGUUAGUUGGCUGCCCUUAGUGGCUGUCAUGGUGUAUGCUCUGGUAUUUAAGUACGGUUUGGGAAUGGUUCCGAUAGUGAUUACUGCAGAAAUAUUUGCCACGAAGAUAAAAACAUUAGGGAUGGCUUUGGUUGAUGGUGUUUAUGAUUUUUCUGCUAUAAUUGCUAUUAUGUUGUACAAUUAUUUGAAGGAUAGCUACGGUAUACAUAUACCUUUCUAUUUGUUUUCUGCUUGUUCAUUCCUAACGUCGUUUUAUGUUAUAUUCUUUAUCCCAGAGACGAAGGGAAAAACUUUAGAUCAGAUUCAAUUAAUGCUUGAAGGAAAACAUAAAUAAUAUAUUGUUUUAGAUCUUAGAAGACUAUCAUAUGUUCAUAUCUAUCUUCAAUCUUUGCUAAAUUUUUGUACGCAAAAGAGUAUCUAUCACCCUCGUAGUGUUUUAAUUUCGUUAACAAAUUCAAUUGGUUGAUGGUUCAAUACACGUCGAUAUUGAGUUUUUAAAGCUUUGUACAGAGCACUGGUUAUUGCGGAAGCUCACAUCAGAAUCGUUCAUAUGUUUCCUGAUAUUUAUAAACAACACAGGUCCUGUGAAUACAAAUAAGACAAAAUAUUUCUUAUUAGUUCACUUGGGCAUGACAUUUAGGUCAAAGCGUGACUCAUUUUCUAUUUAAACCAUCUCUUAUGAAAUAGUCAUGUAUUAAUUUAGGAGGAGAGCUCCUUAUACAAAUUUUCAGACACAGAAUAAGGAAAAUGUUUUGAAUCUGUGAUUAUUAGAUGGAAUAAAUAAAAUCCUAUAAAAUCA